CUAAUGCCCAGAACGUCUUGAAACAAACAUGGCUGGCCUUCAGGACAACACUCUGAGGAUUGUUCUGGUGGGGAAAACUGGAAGUGGGAAAUGUGCAACAGCAAACACCAUCUUUAGGGGAAAAGUAUUUGAAUCUAAAAUUAUUUCUUCUUCCGUUACCUAGAACUGUCAGAAAUCAGAGCGACAAUGGAAGGGGAGGAAUCUUCUUGUUGUGGACACCCCGGGGCUCUUUGAUAAUGAGGAAAAACUGCAGACCACCUGUGAGGAAAUCAGCAGGUGUGUCCUCUUCUCCUGCCCUGGGCCCCAUGCCAUCAUCCUGGUACUACAGCUGGGCCACUACACGGAUGAGGAGCAGAAAACAGUUGCAUUGAUCAAGGCCAUCUUUGGGGUGGCGGCCAUGAAGCACAUGAUCAUGUUGUUCACUCACAAAGAUGAUUUGGAGACACUGAGUGACUUUUUAGACGAAUCAGAUGUGAACCUAGAAAACAUCAUCAAGGAGUGUGGGUCCCACUGCUGUGCCUUCAGUAAUAAGCAAAGUGCAGAUGAGGCUAAGAAGGCAGCUCAAAUGCAGGAGCUGGUGGAGAUGAUAGAGAAAAUGGUGCAGGAGAAUGGAGGGGUUUACUUUUCCGAUGACAUAUACAAGGACACAGAUGAAAAGCUGAAAUGCCAGGCAGAAGUCUUGAAGAAAAUCUAUGCUGAACAAUUGGAGAUGAAAUUAACAGAAGAGCAAUGUGAUCAGGGAAUAAUAUCACAGGAAGAAAAAGAGAAAAAAAUAAAUGUCCGAAAGAUGAUGUAUGAGGAACAAAUUAAAGAUAUAAGGGAACAAGCUGAAAGGAAUAUAUUUGCAGAUAUUGUACAAAGGAUUAGAAAUAUGCUCUCAAGUCUAUGGCAUAGCUUUUUCAAAUAGUGUAUAUUUUACUUUCUCUUCUUAAUUUACCAUGAUUUGUUACUAUGGUAGAUUGUAUUUACAAAAGAUGGCUAUAACAGUUUCUUCUAUCCCACCUAUUCUUCUUAUAAUCUGGGCUUGCUUUUCCUUUUGUUGAGUUAUAGGUUCUGUGUCUGCUGCCUUGCAAUUCCAUGGACUUUGUGACUGCUUUGGCAAACAAUGGAUGGCUGUGACUUCUAAAGUUAGAUAGGGAGGAUGCCUCCAUGCUCUCUGGAGUAUGUGCCCUUGGCCCUUGCCCAUCAUGUGAUGAGGAAGCCCAAGUUGUCCAUCAAUUCCACAUGAAGAGGACAUGAAAUCACUGGCUCACUCCCCUGGCUGCUCUUUCAUCUGCCAGCAGAAACAACUUGUCAGCCAUGUAAGUGAGGCAACAUGAAAGCAAAUUCUCCAGCUGACAACUGAGCCAUCUCAGAUGCAGCAAAGAGCAAAGAUGGGCCAUCCUCACUGCAUUUCUGCCCAGGUUUCAGGAGAAAAAUAAAUGAUUGUUGUUGCUUUAAACCACUAGGCUUCGGGAUGGUUUGUUAU